GGCCGCAUACGUCGGCCUGGUGGAGGGGCGCACACGAGUGGACACCGUCCAGGAAAACUGAAAGGAAACCUGGAUUUUAACGGGCAGAGAAUCAUAACAUGAGAUCUAUAUGUGCGAGUCUGAGCUCCAAUCCAGGCGUCGUUAAGCUAAACGGGAGAGAUUUGUGCAAGAGGUCGACUGCAGCCGAUUUGUACUUAUCUGCGUGAACCAACACGAACGCUAAUUUGCGGCAGCAAUAGUCUAUACCAAGCGUGGUUGUAACUUUGUUUUAAACUUCGUAAUUAGUCGCCUUUAUUGGCCACGUCGAGGUGGCGUAGGUGAGAUCACUAGAGCUGAUAGGUACCGCACAAUUAUUAAUGAAUAGCUGGCAACUAUCCGAGCUCUUUAGUGUUUUCAAGUCGGUGUAAAGGGAUACAGCUGGAAAGAAGAAAUUACAAAGAGGGCUAUUUGGAAGUGCUUCUGAUUUGGACUUUUGUGCUGGUCCUCUCUGACAACAGAAUCCGCAACAGAUUUUAUUAUUUUUUUAUUUUUUUGCAAGUCUGUGCGUGACACCAAGGACUUUGGCGAGAGUGCUGCCAGGACUUUGCCUAAUUGGGCCAUUUCGGAGCACUCCCACGGGAUUUUUGUAGCACUCGUUAACAAGAACUGGAGAAGGUGGCGGAGAACGUGUAGCUUACAUGCAGUAAGGGGAACCGUUAAAAUAUAGGCAACAGAUAUGACUGGAUUACUCGGAGCACAGUCUGUUUACAUUAUGGCACCCCGUAUCUGAAGAAGGAGAAUGACGGCACGCGAGGGCUUGUAGUUUAGGAAUUUUGAUGCUCCAGUUUCACCGAUUACUUAUUUUUCCCCAAAAAACGUUUUGUGUUCAAAGGGAGAGCGUAUACCGCGACGAAGAAACGGAGCGCAAAGAAAUAAGUCCAGAGGCUUUAACAGUUUGUCCGGCGCUGUAUCGACUGUGUCACCCCGCGCUUGUUGUUGUCCAGCACAGCGGACUGGCAAGCUUGCCCACUCAGCAAGGUAGCAGCUCGUGGAGAAGAUGGCACCCUCGUGGAAGCGCUGGACUCGGUUAUUCUUGACCCUGGUCCCGGUCAUUGUGAUCCUUUUUGUGGGCAGCUUUGGGACGCACGCCGCAGAAGAAGACUCUUUCAACGCAGAGUCAUGGCUGCGGAUGUACGGAUACCUCCCCCAGGCCAGCCGGCAGAUGUCCACCAUGCGCUCGGCCAAGAUCCUGUCCAACGCCGUCGCCGACAUGCAGCGCUUCUACGGGCUGACCGUCACCGGGACGAUGGACUCAGGGACCCUCCAGGCAAUGAAAAGGCCUCGAUGCGGGGUGCCGGACAAAUUUGGCGGUCAGAUCAAAACCAACGUGCGGCGGAAACGUUACGCGCUUACCGGGCACAAGUGGAACAAGGACCUGCUGACGUUCAGCAUCCAGAACUACACGCCGAAGGUGGGGGAGCACAACUCGAUCGAGGCCAUCCGCAAGGCCUUCAAGGUGUGGGAGAGCGUGACGCCGCUGCACUUCGAGGAGAUCCCCUACCACGAGAUCAAGUACGGCCGCCGCAAGGACCCCGACAUCAUGAUCUUCUUCGCCUCGCGUUUCCACGGCGACAGCACGCCGUUCGACGGUCCCGGCGGCUUCCUGGCCCACGCGUACUUCCCUGGGCCCGGCAUGGGUGGGGACACUCACUUCGACUCGGACGAGCCCUGGACGCUAGGCAACCACGACCCAAUGGGUAACGACCUGUUCCUGGUAGCGAUCCACGAGCUGGGCCACGCCCUGGGCCUGGAGCACUCCAAUAACGCCUUGGCCAUCAUGGCACCCUUCUACCAGUACAUGGACACGGAGAACUUCCAGCUGCCAGAGGACGACGUCCGCGGGAUUCAGCAGAUCUACGGACCCCCAGAUGGCACCCCCACCCGCUCCCUGCCCACCGUCACCCCCCGUCGCCCCGCCCAGCCCGAUCCCAGACCCCCAAACAACCCUCCCAAACCCCCCAGCAACCCCCCAAAACCGCCCAGCAACCCCCCCAAACCACCCAGCAACCCCCCCAAACCACCCAGCAACCCCCCGGGCCCCCCGAAAACCCCCCCUCACACCCCUCCUCGCAGGCCGGACCGCCCCCGCACCACUGACCGCCCAGACCACUACGGCCCCAACAUCUGCGAGGGGAACUUCGACACGGUUACCAUGCUGCGGGGGGAGAUGUUCGUCUUCAAGGGUCGCUGGUUCUGGAGGGUCCGGCGAAACCGGGUUCUGGACAACUACCCCAUGCCCAUCGGCCAUUUCUGGAGGGGACUUCCCGGAGACAUAGAUGCGGCCUACGAGCGGCAUGACGGCAGAUUCGUCUUCUUCAAAGGGAGUAAAUACUGGGUGUUCAGAGAGGCAAACCUGGAGCAUGGCUACCCUCAGGAGCUGACCGAGUAUGGCCACGGCAUCCCGUACGACAAGAUAGAGACGGCCAUCUGGUGGGAGCCCUCCGGCUUCACCUACUUCUUCAGAGAAGACCGGUACUGGCGGUUCAAUGAGCAGACCCGCGCCGUGGACAGGGACUACCCCAAACCCAUCAGUGUGUGGGGCUCCAUCCCCCCCUCUCCCAAAGGGGCCUUCCUCAGCGAUGACGCAGCCUAUACCUACUUCUACAAAGGAACUAAGUACUGGAAGUUUGACAACCACCAGAUGAAGGGCGAGCCGGGGUACCCCAAGUCCAUCCUGCGGGACUUCAUGGGCUGCAGCGUGGACCUGGACCCGGAUGAGGACGUGGACGCGGGGCCUAAGGUGCCCGACGUCAACCAGCCCGACGUCAGGCAGCCCGACGUCAACCAGCCCUUCAACCCCGACGCCGGCCAGGUCCCGGACCGCAGGCCCGACGGUGGCGAAGGGGGCGGUGCCGGUGACGACCUGGACUACAAGGGCGAGGACGACGGGAAGGACGUGGUGCUGAAGGUGGACAACAAUGACAUCAUCCUGGUGACGGUGCCUCUGGUCCUGGUGCUGUGCAUCCUGGGAUUGAUAUACGCCAUCAUCAGCAUGCUGCAGCGCAAAGGGGCACCCAGACUGCUCGUGCACUGCAAGCGCUCCCUGCAGGACUGGGUUUGACCUCUCACCUUUGACCCCCCCCCCCCCACGGUGCUCAACCCAAUCCGUCGACUGUAGUCUAUUUAUAUCAGGAACUUUGCACAUUGUUUUUUUUGUUUUGGUUCUUUUUUGUAUUGUGUGUGAGGAGGGUUUUUUUGUUGUUGUUUUUUUUUCAACCUGGAAAUAGUGUCUCCAGCUUCUCGCUCCGCCUUAGUCUGAAGAAUUUCCUCAGAUUCAGAGAUUCAGAGCUGCCACCUGGUACGCCAGUCUUGGGCUGAAUAAAAAUGUCAAAGAAUAAAUAUAAUGAAAUGCCUGGAGCAGAAAUAUAGGUAGGAUAUACUAAGAAUUUCUUCUUUUUUUUGAUGUGGGAAGAAAAAAAAAAAAUCACCGGGAGACAGUGGACAAACAGACUAACGAAUCAAGACGUUUGACCAUGAGUGACAGCGUGUCUCAAGAUGAUUCACGGUUGUCACGGUAAGUCACCCGGUCCUCUCUAAUACACCUGUAGAGCUUGUAUGUACAGUGCCUAGAAUUGAAACAGCCGGUAGUGCAGCUGUUUUUCACCGCCCUCCUCUCCCCCUCCCCCUCCCCCUCCCCGAGGUAAAAGGGACGGUUUGGGAGCAGCUUGAGGGCCGAACCUUCGGUCCGGGGGGCCAAAUGAACGGAAAGGGCUCUUUUAAGCCUUAGCCCUGACACCCAUCAGCUGGGACGGCUCAGGUCCCGUUUGCAGCAGAGGGUGGUAUUUUUUAAUGCCCUUCUGAGAACUGUGGGAUAAUCCCCCUCAACUUAAAAACAGCGGGUGUGUAAAAACGCUCUCCUCCCCACACACCCAGACCAGCCUUAUUUUUCUUUUAGGGGUGGGAGGAGGGGGGCGAAGGGAAGUUGUGGAAAACCACGCACAGAGGAGGGGAGAAGAGAGAAACCUUAUCUGUUCUCUGUGGGAAGGCUUACCGUCCAUUAUUACAGGGCCCUGGUCUGGCUUGAA